AGUAUUUUUUUGAAUGCCCCCUUUCCCCAGAUUUUAUUUUAUAUAUAAACAUGUAGAACACCUUUCUUAAAUGCGACUGUCAAUGAAUCUCUGAUUCAGCUUCCUCGCAUCAAUUCGGUUGACUUUUGUAUCAUUUCCCCUAACUUUCGAUUUCGCUGUUAAUAUUACAUCGCUCCAGUAGCCAUCCAGUUCCAGUAUCAAUCUUAGAAAGGACACCUUACACCUCCCUCGAGCAUCGUUGGGUGUAUCAUUUUUUGUUUUCGGUCCAACUGCCGAGCUGUCUUUGUCCGAAGCUUGGAAUUCUGUGAUUGUACGCGGGCGCUCUCCUCAAAAUGCCGGGAGACCACCGUGUUUCGGAGCAUUACUCAGCCAUGAAUGGACGUGUGAUGGGCCGGGAUUCGUAUCAGCACCUCUCUGAAAAUGAGCGCGACACUCAACAACGAGUGGCCGCAGAAUUGCAGCCAGAUCCCGAUAUCCGGAAUUACGACCUCAUCAGUGGUCGUCCGUAUCCGGAUGGUCGGCAGGACGGGCUCAUUGGGCAGGAUGGCGGCUAUUUUCCGCUGGGUGGUAUUCUUUCGAACAAACCCAAAAAGCCGUUGACCCCAAAAGUGUCUGCCUGGUGGCCACAGAUGCGCAACGAGCUCGAUCCAGGCGACGUUCGCGAUGGGUCACGGGAAGCGAAGCAACUCUACGCUGAAAGCAAGUACAUUCGUUCCGCUCAUGGUGACAAGAAGGAUUUCGAUAUCAACGGCAAAGUCACGGCGUCGAACUGGCAGAAAGAUUACCACCUAUUGGCGCCACACAUUGAAGCUAAAACUGGAGACAACCCUGUGCAACUCGCGAAAAUCGCAAACGAGAAGCUCCCACCGUAUCAACGGGACUACGGUUGCGGCCUGCCAGGGUUGGGCGGCGGGGAGCCACUUGGUGCUACAUUCUAGAGAAUAACAAUUUGAAAUGGGAUUCUAGCGUAUUUUACGUGACAAGGAUUAUUUUGCUGAAGGUCUCUUGAUUUUGUAACGUUUUGCUUCAUGAGACUGACAAGGUGACGGUGCCUAGUGUAGAAGCAAGGGCCUCGGUGUGGCAAAAAAGUAACUGCAUAUUUGUGCGCACUCGUUUUUCUAAUUCGCCUUUUUGACAUUAGGAUAAAUGAUCUUUUCUCUCAAGGAUGAAGCUGAUCCACAAAAGAUCUACUUAGCUUUUAUUUAUCUACCAGUUCUUCUGGGGCUUGGCCUUGGUGUCAUGUCGCGACUCAACAACAUGAAGACGGUAUUAUUGAUCUCUACUAUCUCACAUUGAUUAUCACAGAUCGGGCAGCGCUGGAGAAGGAUCCGAAGCUGUUUCAUUUGAAGAAGACGGAAAUCAGGGCACGCGGUGAUUACAAGGUUGGACUGGAGGAAGAGGAGGGGCUGCACAGCAUUAUGGCGAAGAAAAGGGCAGCAGCCGAGAGUAAACCUCGGUUCGGGAGACAAAGGCUUGAUUUUGGUGACAGUCGGGGUCUUCAGAUAGCGCAUGUCGAGGAAGAAUAUUAUGAAGAUGCCGCCCAGAACGCCACCGCAGAUGGACCACAGCACGGGAGCCAGGAUCACGCAGAAGGAGGUGCUAGCCAAUCCCAGCAAAAGAGAACGGGCAUCAAAGACUUUUACGAGGAUUGGAACUUCAAUAUCAACACGCAGUGGAGUGGGCCACUUCGUAAAGAGGAAACGGCGCACGCCCACGAGCAACGAGCGAUCCAAUCGAAGAUGCCAACAAGCGGACAGCUAAAGCGCGACUACCACCAGAACGGUGUGUACGACUACCAUGGAAACGUCCCAGCCGCAAUCCACUGGAACGGCCAAGAAAAAGCGCAGGUGGAGGCAUUUGCGACCCGAGUCGAGGAGAGAGAGCUCUGCGCACGUCGUGCGUACGCACCUGAGAACCUUGUACUGGGGGAGGGUCGGCGUGCCAAUGUCAGUCCCACGGAGCGGGGUUUGGACGUAGUCCCUGGAGGAUUUCUCGACACGGGCCACUUGGGGGUCGGCGAAGCGCCGUUCGGGAAUCAGCCGGGAAGAGGCCACGACCAGCCCGUUGCACGCGGCAUGAGGAAUGUGGACAAGAUGUGGUAUGAUCAUGGCACAGAACCUGGGGCCUGGAUGGUUUCGGCCGAAAUCCAACGCCUCAACGAGACUGCCCGAGACCGCGAGGAAGCCACCCGUCGGGCAGCGCACGCCGAGGCUGAUGCAGCGAGAAAAAAAGCGGCAGCGGCGUCGAAGAGCGACACCAAGACUAAUAUGCCAGCAACAGCAGGUCGCACCAUUGGGGGAGUCAUGCACGCGAGCAAAGAGUUCGUGGACCACAACCAGGGACCACCUGUGAACUUUAAUGAGGGCCAAGAAGAGUUCGCAUCCCGGAACAAGAUCGUGGAGAGCCGUGAACCUCGCAUGAGCGAGUCAGCGGGGCGUGCAUCGGCGAAUUUUAACAGGCGCCAUAAUGAGAGCAAUAUUUUUCUUUACUAUGGAGAAAUAGAUAUGGAAGACGCGGAUGUGGAUGAAGACGAGUGCGCGACUUGCCAUGCUGACGAGGAACACAAGGAUAUAGACGAGGACGCUUCGUCUGAUGAAAGCUUUGUAUCUGCGGUUGAGGACUUUUUCGGCGACGAAGAGUCUCGCGGCGAUGUUGUUCCACAAGACGAUGAUCCGGGACUACAACGAGAACAAAUAGCCAACCGGCUGUUGUCGAAGUUGUCUCCUUGUUCUAUCAGUUUGUCCACUUCUUCUGAUGGUCCCAAGUCGAAGUUCCCCUUGUUGGUAGGUCCUUCAUUGAACGAGGGCUCGGCUUCUGUAGCUGAAUCAAGACAAAAAAACAGUGCAAGACUUGACGCAUCUAAUGAUUAUUUUCCAGAUGACAAAAAACUGAAGAUGAAGCACUCUUCGAUAGAUCAAUACGCUGAUAAUUCGUAUGCGGAAACUGAGGCACCACUGGAGGAAGAUGAUAUUGCAAGUGAAUGCGCCAGUAGUGACGAAGAGCAGGAUUGGGAAUUUACGUUCUCUUUUUCUGAUACUCCUGCUCCACCGUCCCAAAGGACCACGACACCAAUCCUGCCAAAAAUACUGAACGUUGCAGCAGCUGCAACCGCGGAGGCGGAGCUCCACCUCGUCCACGACGGCACAAUGGAAAUGAUGAAUCGAAGUGCUAGAACUACUUAUGGUUCUUGUCCUGAACAAGUUGGCACCGGAGUCUUUCUCUUUGUGACUGACGGCGCAGAUGAAAAGCGCUACGACCCGAAUGAUUCGAAGAAAGAGGGUUACACGAAAGCGGAAUUUCGAGAGUACUACAAAGAUUUCGAGGAGGAACACUUCGAAGCCUGGUGGGCGACUUUGAAGCCGACUGAAGACGGGGAACAGGAAACCGAAAUUGCGAUGAUGAGCAACAAACGGGCUUCAACAUCUGGUGGCAGUCGCUCGUCUCAAUUUAAUUCCGGUCGCAAAUCUCGUCGCUCGAUCGAGUUUAAAGAAAAGACGGAAGUGGUUUUCGUGGAUGAUACCAGGGAGCCACGUAACAUGAUGGAACAGCAAGAGGAGGUGGUAGAAACUACAGAGACGUCGACGAUCACAACGACUACCUCCACUGUCUCAUCCACGAGGUCUACUUCCACUCCGUCAUCGGUUGUUGCUGGCAAGAAAAACGAUUCGGGUGCGCAAGACGAAAGCCCAAGCGCAACUGACUCGUCAAGUGCAUCUGCGACCGAGGCAAAGAAAAGUGGGCGCACUUGGAGAGCUAGCGCGAAUAACGAACGCGGAAGUUUGCGCUCAUCGCAACGCGUCGCGACUCAAGAAAAGGAAAGCAGCAACACCAUCGAGCCAGCAGGCAGUGAAGGCACUGUGAGCCUCAGCGAUUCGGCGCACGAUGCAACUUCUUCGUCCUCGAGUGUCACAUCUUCGUCUGCAGGACGCAAGAUGACCACACAGCCAUCUGCGACAAUUAGGAGCGCUUCUGUGAGAUCAAGUCAUGUGCUGCUGCAGUCGGUGCUUGAUGGAGAGGACGACUAUAAGGUUGAUCUUGAUGCCGACGACGAAACAGAUAGUACAGCAAAAGUAAAUGUUGCUGGUGCAGAUCUCGACGAUGCUCAAGAACAAAGUGAGAAGCGUUACGACCCAGCCGAUCCUGACAAGAUCGCGUAUACGAAGCAGGAAACGCGAGCCCACUACAGUGAAACUGCGGCAGCCGAGUUUGAGACUUGGUGGGCGUCGUUACCCGUGGAGCACAGCAGCAGGAAGAGCGGAAAAAAGACUUUGACUCGCAGGGAUGAGAAGCGACAAAGCUUGAGUUUGGAUGCAGCUGCGAGUGAUCCAGCCGGACGUUCAACAGCCACAGGAAAGUCUAUGGCUCGCAGGGAUGAGAAGCGGCAAAGCUUGAGUCUUGCUGAGGUAACAGCAUCGAUAGACGUCGAGGACGUUGCUACUGAUGAUGACGAGUCGCUCGGUGCGUCAAACAAGAAGCGCGCAAGUUCAUCAAGCUCGCGCGCAUCCGUGGCAAAGCGUCCCUCAUCGUGGCGUGCAAGUAAAAGUGCCGAAGCUGCAAGCGGACGCGCAACAGGGGCAUCUGCCGCCGCUACGCAAAAUGAAGAAAUAAAGUCGCAAUUCGCACGCGCAAACGUGAACGAUCGACUUUCGCAGGUCACUAUUGAUCCUGAUGCAACAGAAUCAGAUCAGGAAGAGGAUGCUGCAGAUGCAUCGAUUAGAGACAAGGAGUCGGCACUUUCGAGAGCAAACGUUAGCGAUCGUCUUUCUCAAGUCACU